CUUAUAACUUUAGUUAAUCAGCAAGUAUGUCUACAGCAGUAGAAGGUGUUCUCCAAACUGCCCCUUUUGAUCCUCGUUUUCCUAAUACAAAUCAGACACGCUACUGUUUCCAAAGCUAUAUUGACUACUAUCGCUGUAGAAAGGUGAAAGGAGAAAAAUAUGCUCCCUGUGAAUAUUUCAAAAAAGUUUACAAUUCCAUAUGCCCAAAUGCAUGGAUUGAAAAAUGGGAUGGUCAGCGAGAAGCUGGUACUUUUCCAGGAAACAUUUAAUUAAUAAAUACUGUUUAAAACUGACAGUUACAAAUUUUGUAGUCAUUAGCAGUUGUUCUAUUUUACUUUUGUAAAUCAGUUGUAUCUAUAGUGUGAAUAUUUAAUAAAGUAUCAUUUAAAUAUA